AGCUCUUUUGCUGGUGACGUCCGUACCGGUGUGGCUGCUGCUGCAUGUUCUCUGGGUUCAGUGAUUGACAAGUUGGGCUGAGGAGCUCGCAUUCUGCUCCGUACAAGAUGUCAAAGGUAACGUUUAAAAUUACGCUUACAGCAGAUCCUCGACUUCCAUACAAAGUGCUAAGCGUUCCUGAAUGUACACCAUUCACAGCAGUUCUAAAGUUUGCAGCAGAGGAGUUUAAAGUACCUGCAGAAACGAGUGCUAUAAUAACGAAUGAUGGAGUAGGAUUAAAUCCCGCGCAGACAGCUGGAAACGUAUUCCUUAAAUAUGGCUCAGAACUUAGACUCAUUCCCAGAGACCGAGUGGGCAGCUGUUAAUCUACAGGACAUCUCACUAUGUGGAACUAUAUAUAUUUAUUGAGAGCCUUAAAAAAAAGAAAAAAAAGAUCAGACUAUGAAUUCUAAGUCGGUUUUAAGAUUUAAUUCAGUUGGGCCCCUUUUCCUUUAAAAUCAAAGUGACUUUGAAGAUUAAAGAUUUGUAAGAUUUAAUUAUUGCUUCAGAUGUCCUUUAAAAUCAUAUAGCCGCAGCAAUUCCAUGGAUACAGUCUGUCACUUCUGAAGUGUAUACAGUUCAUUGUGUAUGUGUAUAUUAAUAUGAAAGUUACAGCAAGUUUA